CCUACAUACAGGUAGAUCCCACACCAAAUUGAUGUAUGAAUGGUGUGGCAUUAUUCCUUUUGUAAGUACGGCCUUUUUUGCGCGCGUCCAGUUUUGACUUUCGUUGAGUAUGGAGUGGCAAGCCGAGAAGGAGGUGCUGUUGGCGACGAUUCGUAGGCAAGAGCAGGAGGCUGCGACCCUCGCCAAGCGCUUUAAGCUGCUGCAACAGACGCUCAAGGAGCAACAGAAACUGCUGGACAGGUACCAGCACGCGCUCAGCUCCGCGAAGAGCUCCACUUUAAAGACCCAGCAAACUGCCACAACAGUUGACAGAACAAGUAACAAUAUCAAAACCAGUGGGGAAUCUACGAGUAUUGUCAAAACGAAGGAGCCCACAUCUUCGACGUGGGUGAAGAAGAAGACAGCGAGAUCAUUGGACCUAGAGACUAUUGAUGAAAUCCCAGCAUCAAUUCCAGUGAAGGAGGUUCAGGAGAAUAACGAGAAGAAAACUGUAUUCAAGACUACACUAAAGAGACGAGAUGGGCUGGCAGCUACAUGGGCAGAGGAGAAGCGGAGGACGCUUAAGAAAUCCAAGUGGGAGCAAACGUUGGAGCUAACAGCUUCAGGUGCCAACAAGGAGAACGUGCGGACUGGACAGACGACCGACAAGCGGAGUGGCUUCGCUUAUGUUGAAGUGGUGCGGAACCGAGAGGAGAGGAAGGCUCUACCCGGACAUGACUGCAUGGAAUGCAAGAAGUACUACGAUGCGCUGGGUGGACUCGAUGCGGUAGACGCUGCGGCGCACAAGAAUAAGUGCUCGCGUCAUCGGGCGAGGUUCGAGCCGUACCAGACACCGGAUGACUUUUGGAGACUGAGCUUUCCAGACUCAGAGCCCGAACCAAGAUCACCUUCAAUAGUGUGAGGUCUGCGUAUGUACACGAGCCAAUAUGACACAAAUAAUAACGUAAGUAACAGACAUCGUCAAACUUCGAUAAAGGAUACGACUUCCAGCAGUAGAAAUCAAAAGAACGUUGCUAUUCACUUUUUCCUCAGUAUCGUUCAACAGGUUAAGGUUUGCUUAAGCGUCACGUAAGAAAAUAAAGGAUCAAUAACGUCACGCUUCUCUUCUUGAAGGACCACCUGACCGUGCUUAGUCAUUUUGAGAGAGGCUCGUAGACGAUACUUCCUUUAAGAAAAUGCAUGGCCUCAGCCG